AUGGGAAUUACAAGAGUUCGGCUAUGUAACCUUGAGCUAUUCUCAACCAUGGCUGAUAGGAUCAGCAGUUUGCCGGACUCAAUCCUGUGUGACAUUCUAUCUUCUCUUCCAACAAAAGAAGUAGUUGCAACCAGUGUUCUCUCCAAGCGCUGGAUCCAUCUAUGGCGUUCAGUUCCCUCUUUCUAUUUCGACUACAAUCCCAUAUACUCCUGUGAUUAUGACAAAUACAAAGAGGCAUACACUCAUUUUCUUCAAUCGGUGGACUCUUUUCUGCUUUCGCGUGAUAGAGAGCAACCCCUCCAUAGAUUUCGCCUCACAUUUCACUGUAUCCUUGAACACACCCUAUCUAUCAAGACAUGGAUUACGGCUGCAGUGAGUGGAAGAGUUCAACACCUCGACAUCUAUUGUCAUCGGGGCAUUGUCAUGCCAACUGUGUUUAGCUGCAAAACUCUUGUAGUUCUCAAGUUGAAUUUGAUAACAGUGGAAGAUUUUUCCUUUGCUGAUUUGCCCUUGCUUAAAGUCUUGUACUUGAACUCUGUUAGUUUACCAAGAUAUCUGGAUCUUUCACAGAUUCUCUCUGGGUGUCCUAAUCUUGAGGACUUGGAAGUCAUGGGUUUGGCUUGUGAAACUAAAGGAAAGUUUAACCGUUUGACAAAGUUGGUUAGAGCCAGCAUCCAUGAAAUCUUACUUCCACUGGAAAUUUUCAAGGAUGUUGAAGUUUUGUUCUUCGAUUGGAUGUAUCAACGGAACGUGGACCUGGAUUUUGACUUUCAAAAUUUAGUUCAACUUGAAUUGGUUUUGCAGGCGAGCGAAGAUUGGCUUUGGGUCUUGAAAGUGCUCGAACAUUGUCCCAAACUUCAAAGUCUUGUCAUUUGCGUUUUUAAGAUCUUUCUUCCAAUAUUUUUAGCAGGCUAUGAACAAUAUGCCUGGCCAUAUCCACAAACUGUUCCUGCGUGCAUUUCAUCACACCUUAAAACCUGUUGUCUUAAAAAGUACAGUGGUUCUAUAGAUGAGUUUCAAUUUGCAAGAUAUAUUUUGGAGAAUGCGAAAUAUCUACGUACCAUGAAAAUAUGCAGUAUUGGGGAAAAAAAUGAUAUGAUAAGAGAGUUAUCCUCAUGCAUGAAGAGCUCAGAUACUUGUGCACUUUAUUUUGAAUAG